AUGGUAGAUACGAAAUGUCCCCAGUGUGACGGCGAGCUUCAAAAAUGUUUGAUCCAGCAGAACUACAGUUUGGUCCUUUGCACGAAUUUGAAAUGUAGCUAUCCGUUCAAUGAGCGUGAAGUUAUGGACAACAUUGUAUAUACCAAAGAUUCACAGAUAUUAGAUGCAGCAAAGAAACGGCUUCGAAAAGAAGAGCAGGAGGACAAGAAGAAACCGUAG